CUGUUGUUGGAAGCUUCUAGCGUUCAGGGCCGUAGCGCAUUAAUUUUUCACCCUCCGCUACACCCGUCCUAAUUUUGAUACUUACGCGUUCGCGAAAAACCUGCGCAGAAUUUUCUCGUCCGCGACCUUGAAGAUAGAUGGAGCAUGGGUAGUAUAUGUGCUGUUGCUGAUGCAGACUGACUUAUUUGUAUUCUCAAGUAGUUUACAUAAACUCUAAGAAAGAAAUUAAAAUAAAAAUUGUCAAAUCGUAUUUCUGGGGUGAAAUAAGGAACUCAAAAGGAGAAGGAAAUUUGUAUAACCUAAAAACAGAGAAAACAACAAUAGUUUCCUUGCACAGUGCACAUGAUCUGUUGUUUUGGUAGAAUGCUCUGAGCUUAUAUUAUUGUUGACCAGAUUGUAAACAAUAAGUAAGAAUGAGUGGAGACGAAGAAGAUACCCUACUGGAUAGGGAUAAAGAUAAGACGGAAAUCAGAAAAGAAUUGUCUCAAAUGAGUUUUGAAGAUUUACAGAAACUUAAAGAAAAAUUGGGUACAAAAGUUUACAAUGCAGCAAUGUUUGGGGUAAAAAAAACUAAAGCAGUUGCAUUCAAACGAGAAAACAAAAACCGACCUCGUGAGGAGUCAGCCAAGAAACAAGUUUCCAGAUUUCGUGAAAUUAUACCUGUAAAGAAGAAGGCUCCAAGAGAUCCUAGAUUUGACAGUUUAUGCGGAACAUUUGAUGAAAAAGCAUUUAAGAAUUCUUAUGCAUUUCUCAACAAAGUACGCGAAAAUGAUUUGGAGGCAUUAAAAAAAGAAUUGGAGACUGAAGAAGAUCCCAAACAAAUAAAAAAAAUCAAGUACCUCAUUCAAAGAUUAGAAAAUCAACUGAGAGAAGAAAGAAAGAAAAAUGAGAAAAAAGAAAAAGAAAAACAAGAAAAAGAAGAGAUUGCUAAUGCUAUUAAGAGUGGUGAGAAGCCUAUAUUCAAGAAAAAAUCUGAAAAACGUAUUGAGAAUUUGGUGUCCCAAUAUGAAGAACUUAAAAAUUCAGGCAAACUCAAGAAGCACAUUCAAAGGAUACGGAAGAAAAAUUUGAAGAAAGAUCGCGUGAGGCUAGAUAAUUCAGCUUCGGAAUAAAGAUUGAAUGUUGAUCGUUAUUGUAAAUAUUGAACUUGAAUAGUUGACUAUCCAGUGAAUGAAAUAUUUAAAAAUGCGACUAAAAUGAAAUCAGAGUUAGGCAAAUUUUAGGUAAUUUCGUAUCUACGUUUGCUUUUUACGGAAGUUUAUCAUGUUGCUAUCAGAGUAAGAGAAUAUUUUAUGCAAAUUUUGUUUUUCUACAAAAUAAUUUUUAACGUCAGCAGCAAGUCAGACUAAAUCGUUCAUUCACUGGCGGCCUAAAAGAGUCUUCGUCGAUAAUAGUUUGCUGUACAAACUAUUUGUUGUAAGAAAUAAAGAAACAUUUUAUACGCCAAUA